CGGGUUGCCUGAAGCUCUAACUUUAGUACCGACGCGCUGUUAUACGACCGGUCAGAUCGUCGUGAGCGUGACCCUUUUCCAGUCACCACUCGUAGGUUCUCUAUCGUGAGAAUUCGGGUUCGGUUUAGAAGCAUCCCGAGGUGGUGGCCAAUAUUCCGAAGUUGCAAAGUCGGGCGGGAAUCCUGUUCAAGAGCUCUCUCCCUACCGGAACGCCCCCCUCCCCUGGAAUUGCCACAGACUCGAAUGUUAAUUCACUUAGUUUCACUCACCUCUAGGUUUCAUCAUCAUUCUUCCGCUUGUCUCUCGCAGCAACUUCUGAGCCCUCUCCAGCAGAGAAUUAUAUGACUCGGGAGAUAGAAUUUGAAUGCUUAGGCCCUCGUCUCUUACGUCGACCCUCCCGUGCCGCCAGUACACGCCUCCCCUAGUCUCCCCUGCUGCAGCCCGCAUCCCUACGUUUAGUUACACACGGAAGACAAUCGUCAAAAUUAUCUACUGAGACACGCCGUCUAAGUAAACAGCCUCCACGGGCUGGUUGCGGGCGCCUCUGCCGCACCAUGAAGUUCGGCAAGCAAAUCCAAAAGCGUCAGCUCGAAGUACCUGAAUAUGCCGCCAGCUUCGUAAAUUAUAAGGCGCUCAAAAAGCUCAUCAAGAAGCUGUCUGCUACCCCGACAUUGAGCGCUCAAAAUGACCCUCACUUUACUCCCACGCCGGUAGACACCCAAGUUGCUCUACAGGCAAACAAAGCAAAGUUCUUCUUCCAGCUGGAACGAGAAUUAGAGAAAGUCAACGCAUUCUACCUUCAGAAAGAAGCUGAGCUCAAAAUUCGACUCAAAACAUUGUUAGAUAAGAAAAGGGUUCUACAAUCUCGUCACGGCGUCUCCAGGCGCUCGGCCAAGUUCACGACUCUAGAAGAAGGGUUCCAACAAUUCGCGAAUGAUCUAAAUAAGCUCCAACAAUUUGUCGAGAUCAAUGGGACUGCUUUCUCUAAAAUCCUCAAGAAAUGGGAUAAGACGUCUAAGUCCAAGACGAAAGAGCUGUACCUAUCGCGUGCUGUGGAGGUACAGCCAUUCUUCAAUGCCCCUGUCAUCAGCGAACUUUCCGACCAGGCGACGACUAGUCUGCAGGAGCUUGGGGCUUGGGCAGAUGGCGAUCAUGUCCCGUUUGAAGCUCGUUCGGAACACAUGGUGAGCAGCCAGCAUCUGCUCGGAACGGACGAAGGCGACGCGGAUAGUUUGCUCCUGGAUACGGCAAUCUCUGGUAACUUGGAAUCAUUGCGAGAUCUCCUUUCAAGGAUGAGAGCUGGUUCUAAUUCGCCGUCCGGGAUGGAUAUUUCUUUGAUGGAGAGAGUGACUCGCACUUUUCUCGCUGCUAUCCACGAGGCACCGCAGGCUUCUCUUGAAGUUCUGUUGGAGACCGGGCUGGUCGAUAUCCGAUCCGAGGACGACAUCAACGAGCGAAACUGCCUCCACCAGGCCACUAUUUACGGAAACUCGUUCGUGUUAAAUGUUGGCUUGUCGGGGGGAGUCGAGGUUAAUAGGACAGAUGUGUACGGGCGUGUACCGCUACAUUAUGCGAGUAUGCAUGGGCGAUUGGAUAUGCUCGAGCUUCUACUUCGAGCCGACCCGACGACAAUCGAUUUGAUCGACCAUGACAACUUCACUCCGUUGAUUCAUGCGAUUAUCCACGGCCACCUCGCAUGCGUCCAACGACUUCUUGCAACCUCAUCGCGCUUAGAUCCCGUAUCAGAGACGGACCACAUACCACUCAAUCUCGCCUGCGAGCAUGGGUCACUUGAAAUAGUCAAACUACUCCUGGCUCAUGGCGCGCAGAUAUUGCCUGAUGCUGAAGGGCUAUAUCCACAGCAUCUUGUAGCACGGUCGGGCCAAACACCUCGACUACUUCGCUUGUUGCAGGAAUAUGGUGCUGAUUUAGAUCAAAUCGACAAGUUAUAUGGCUGGACACCCCUAGUGCAUGCGGCGAGUGAGGGGAAUGUGCCUUGCUUGGAGGAGCUCUUGAAUGUGGGCGUGGAUCCUAAUAUUGUUGACGAGAAAGACUUACCUGCCAUGUAUUAUGCGGCGUGGGAGGGACAUCUGGAAUGCAUCCAGAAGCUUACGCCGUAUCAAAAGGGAAACGCGGAGAGUCCCCGUAUGAUGCAGACCACAGGUCCUCUCCUGGCUCCUUUGGGGAGUGGAAACACACCAGUCCCAAUGUCGCUUGAUGCCGACGCGAUUCCAGUCCUCGAACUUCCGCCGCCGAUAAUACCUCUACGACGUUACGGCCAUAACUUCCUAGAUACGAAGGCCGUUAUCCAAAUUAGCUUCCAGGAGGACGGCGAUCACCCAUUAGUCUUCUUUCAUGAUAGCAAGUAUCCUGCUGCACGAUUAACCAUUUCUUCUAAGUUAUCAGAUCUUAUUCCCAAGAAUAUCAUGUUACCUUUCCAAGAAGAUACCCGGCUCGUAUCUUUCCAGGUCGAUAACCUUGAUACAUUCACCCUCGACUUUGACGUGUUCCCGACCUACGGCGCGAAAAUCAUCGCAAAGACGGUUGCGCUUCCGAAUACUUUCCGAGCUUCUUGGAGUAGUUCAGGAAAAUGUUGUCUUCCGCUGUUCGACCCCCGACUCAGAGCGAUUGGCCAGAUAAGCUUCAAUACUCAAGUAAUCAAACCUUUCCAGGGAAUUCCACUAGAGAUUACAGACUUUGAGACCUACUGGAAGGCUACGAGUCAGCUCGAUCAAAAACCGACCAUGUUUGUUACUGGCUCGAGUUUAUCCGGCGACUUUGUUCAGCUAUACGUUCAGCAUACGAGCGAUGGCAUCCCCGUUGUAUGGCCACAGUGGAUGAUUCAGUGCGGCGGCAUUGAUGUAUCGAUCUCGCGAUUGUCAUACGAACAAUUCUCUACCGUUACAUCAUCAAAUCCAGGGCGAGCUCAACUUUCCUUAGUACCAUCCCAGGGCCUUAGCAAUAUUGCCGAUGUUCAUCGAGUGCUUAACACGGCGGGCGUAUCUCUAGAAGAAGCACUUUCAUUACUACCCAACUCAAUGCACGUCGACCUCCAGAUUAUUUAUCCAUCGGAAGACGAGGAACGAAGGCUAGGGCUAGGACCGACUGUGAACGUAAAUAGUUUCGUGGACGCCAUACUUACCAUGGUAUUCGAUCACGCGAGAGAACAGAGGGCACAGACGAUGUCGGCUCCUGAUACUGUUAGAUCGGUUGUUUUUAGCUCGUAUAACCCUACGCUCUGCACAACUCUGAAUUGGAAGCAACCUAACUUCCCCGUGUUCCUCUGCAACGACCUUGGCCGGGAAGAUGUUAUGCCCUCGCCUAGCGUAAUCCAGAGCAGUGGACGGAGAACAUUUUCGGUCAAGGAAACAGUACGGAUAGCGCAGAGCAACAACUUUAUGGGGCUUGUUUGCUGCUCUCGACUGUUGAAUAUGGUUCCAGCUCUCGUAGAUGCUAUUAAGUCCCACGGGCUGGCGUUAGUCGUCGAUAAAUCGGCCGAGCAAGCUACGGAUCCAUACCUGCACGCGGAUCUCUUCCCCGUCCCCAAGGGCGUCGAUGGGUUGUUGAAGGGUAAUGGGGUAUUGAGAUUUAACGAGUCUAUAGACGUAUAGACAAAAACGCGACCUGGAGUAUUAAUUACAGCAUCAAUUGUGGAAUCAGUUCCUAAGCUCCGUUUGUGUGCGAAUAUGUCAUAAGACCCGACUUGGCUUAUGAUAAGGCUC